UUUCGUUGACGCCAUUUUGUUGAUGGUUUACGCUUGCCGCUUGAGUUUUGCAGCAGCGUGUUGAAAAAGUUAAAAUACGAACCAAACCUAUUUUAAUUUUAUAAAAUUCAUACUCUAAAUGGAUUAUUCCGUUAUAUUCAUUUAGGUCUGGAGCGAUCCAAGAGCUUCUGACCGAAUACAAAUCAUUUACUCAAGAAAUAAUGUGAAAUGGUUUAUAUUUCGGGUUAGAGUAGGAAUAUUUUCAGGUUCUUUUUGUUUAUUAUUAUUACUUUAGUGUAGAGCUUUUCCAAUAAAUGAUCAUGUAUACGGGAACCAACACUAAUCAGGACAACCGAUUCAGUGAUAAAGAGAAGAAACUGCUCAAGCAGAUGAAAUUCCAUCCAUGCCUAAGUCAGCAGGUGGAUAUGUCCAAAAUAAAAAUAGAAGUGAUCAAACCAUGGAUUUCGGAUAAAUUGACGGAAAUCCUUAAGAUCGACGAUGACGUAGUUGUUAAUUUUGUAUAUAAUCAGUUGGAAGUUAAGUUUCCCGAUCCUAAAAAGAUGCAAAUCAAUCUCACAGGAUUUUUGCAAAGUAAAAAUUCCAUGGAAUUUAUGGCGGAACUGUGGGCUCUGCUUAUAUCGGCUCAAGAAAAUCCCACCGGGAUACCUGAAUCGUUGAUAGACUUGAAAAGGGAAGAAUUAGCAAAGAAAAAGGAAAAGGAAGAAAAAGAGCGAGAAAAAUCGGAGAAGGAGAGAAAAUACCGCGAUCGCGACAGAUCGCGUUCCAGACGUUCCCGUUCCAGAUCGAGGAACAGAAAAAGUUCCCGGGACCGUUCCAGUCGGAACAAAGAACGGGACAAGAAAUCCAAGAGCAGGGAUCGAAAAUCGCGUAGCAGGGACAGGAAAUCGCGAAGCAGGGAUAGAAAAUCGCGGAGCAGGGAUCGAAAGUCGCGAUCCAGGGAGAGGAAGUCGUUGAGCAGGAGCAGGGAUAGGAAAUCGCGAAGUAGGGAUAGGAAGUCGAGGAGCAGGACCAGAGACGGCGUCAGCAAGUCUAGGAGUAAGGAAAGGGAGCCGAAAUCGAGGAGUCGGUCAGUAUCUCGAGGAAAGGAAGAAGAAGUUAUUAGGAAUAAUGGGGAUAUAAGUCCUAGCGAAAGGACCAAUGGUAGGGAGGAGCUGGAAUCUUUGGAUAAAAAUGGCAGUACCGCCGUACCAGUACUGCCCGUCUCCAAGCUCCAGGCCAAGUUGAUGUCGCUCGCCGAGAAGAAGUUGUCGAGAUCCCGUUCGCGAUCCAGGAGCCGCACCAGAUCCAAAACGCGCAGCCGCGGACCCCGAUCGAAGACCAGAUCGAAAACGCGCUCAUCGAGCAGAUCGUUCAAGGGCAGAAGAUCCAGAUCUGCGUCAAAGGACCCCAAGGACAAGCGACGUUCGAGAUCGAGCUCCGGUUCGAAGGAGAACUUUGAAAUCAGGAAGAAGGAGGACAGCGUGCAGAAGAAGCGCCACUACAGAUCGAACAAGGAUAGUUCCGAUAGCGAAGCGGAUGUGAAGAGGAAGAGGUCAUCCAGAUCCAAGUCGCCGAGGAGGAAGGAGAGUCCGAGGGGGAAGAAGAGAAGUGUGUCGAGAAGGAGGUCGACCAGUAGAAGGAGGAGUGUGUCUAGAAGACGAAGUCCUUCGCGGGGCAGGCGAAGUCCGAGUCGUGACAGGCGGCGCAGGAGUACGUCGAGACGACCAUCGCCGCGUCGAAGCGGAGGUCCGGGACCGCGCGGGAGUUACAGCCGAAGGAGCCGUUCGAGACGGCGAGCUGCCAGCAGACAGCGUAGAAGCAGUCCCAGAAGACGAUCGAGGAGCCCCAGCAGGAACAGGUUCAGAAGAAGUCGCAGCAGGAACAGGAACUCUUAUCGGCGACCUUCGCCCGCCCCACACGAAAGAGACAGGCGCAUUUCCAGAGAGCGAGAACGCCGCUCCAGAUCGAGACGCCGGUCGCGCGAUCGCGGCAGUGUGCGCAGGAGAUCCCCACCUCGUCCCCCAUCCCGCACCAGACGCCCGAGUCCCAGUCCGCAGAAGCGCGACGAAAGACGCGACAACAGAAACGAUCCGAGGAAUGCAGGCAGACCGCCCAGGAAGGAGGAGCGUCACGAGCCGCCGCCCAGGAAGGUCGAAGAGGCGCGCAGGAGGAUAGAGGAGGAACUUCACCGACACGAGAAGAAAGAAAAAGAAGAAAUCGAACGCAGAAAGAAGGCCGAACAAGCCGCCGAGUCGGCCAAAAUGAAGGAGAAAGAACGCGAAAAGGAUAAGAAGAAAUCGAGAAGCAUCUCGCCCAACGAGAAUUACCCCAUCCCUCCUCACGGCCCGCCCAGGUACUCUAGAAGCCUCUCCAGGACGCCCUCGCCGUUCAUCAAGGCCCACGAGUUCCCUCCCAAGCCAACGAAACCUGCCAGCAUCAAGGACGAUAAGAAGAAACCCCACAAGGAGAAGCCCGAACCCAAGAUAAAGAAGGUCGCUAAGAAACCCUCCAAGAGCGAAUCGGACUCCAAUUCCAGCGACUCUGAAAGCGAGGAGGAAUCCAAGAAGGACAAACGCAGCAAGGUCAAAUCGAAGAAGAAGCAAAAGAAACGCGACUCGUCCAGCAGCGACAGCGAGGACGAAAGAUCAUCGCGGGAGGUCGAAAUCAAGAAGAAAAAGGAGCGCAAGAAGCGCGAUUCCAGCGAGGAAAAACCCCCGAAGAAACGCCACCAAUCUUCAGAUUCUGAAGAGGAUAAGAAGACGAAGAAAAAACGACGAUCGGUCAGCUCCGAGAAACCACCCAAGAAACCAACGAAGAAAGACUCCAGUGACAGCGACGCUGCGCCCAAAAAGAAGAAACGUCAGGAUUCAUCAGACGAAUCUGAAAAGGAAAAACCGAAAAAACACAAGAAAGAAAAGGAAUCUUCUUCGGACAGCGAUGACGACUCCUCUAAGAAAAAGAAGCACCGCAGCAGGAAGGCGAAAUCUGGCAGCGAUUCCGACGAGGAGGUAGAAACGAAGAAGAAGAAGAGGGACAAGAAGCAUAAAAAGAAGAAGAAGCAUUCGAAGAAGCACAAGAAACACAAGAAGAAGAAGCAGGAGAGUGACGAUUCGGACAACACCGAUACGGAGGUGAUGAACGAGGAUGAGAAGAAAUUGAGAGAGAAGGCUUUAAAGUCGAUGAAGAGGCAAAACUCUAGCGAUAAGUCUGAGUAAGUUUACUAUAAAAACAAACAAAAAAAUGCUUAAAAAAGCGUCUAUUCGGUGAUUCUAAAAUCCUAUCUUAACGCGUUAAUCUAGUGUUAUAUAAAAAUGUAAAUGUUACAUGUCUUAAAAAUAAAAUAGUUGUAUGUGA